GUGGCAGCGACGGGUGUGGAAAGAAGCAGCCAGGGCCAGCCGAGCCUGGCGAAGGCGCUGCGCUGGAAGCGUGCUGGGGGCGGGGGCCUCUCACGGCGGAGCCGCUGGUGGGCGGGGCGCUGGGGGCGGGUAUUGGUCACGUGAGGCUAGCGCGAGCAGGGACCGUUGUCCGCGGCGCCGCCCCCUCCCCAUCGGCAGUCGCGGGUUGCCAGCCGUUGCGCAGCGCCUUUCCGCUUCUUCGCCUCGCGCUGUCUGAGCGCGGCGCCUUCUUCGCGUCCCCAUGGCGACCGGGCGGCCUUUCGAGGUGGUGGUGUUCGGGGCGUCGGGCUUCACGGGGCAGUACGUGGUCCAGGAGGUGGCGCGGGUGGCCGGCGAGGAUGAGCUGCGAGGCUCGCUGCGCUGGGCCGUGGCCGGCAGGAACCGAGAGAAGCUGCAGGCGGCGGUCGAUAAGGCGGCCGAGAAGCUGGGUAAGGGAGCGGGCGAGUGGGGGGUGGUUUGCUCUGCUUGGCCCAAGGGCUGCUGCUUCUUUCCCUCAAAAUGAGUAGCCCCGGACUCUGAGCUUAGCCUGAUUACGUGUCUCCAGGGUGGUGGAAGGGAGCGAGCGAUAAGGGCAUGUCCAAAGUCCUAGUGCAGGCGUGUCCAAAGUCCGUUUCGGGGGCCUAAUCCGGUCCGCCGGUCGGUUUAAUCCGGCCCCUGUGGCAGUUUAUUUCUUGGGGUGAAAUCCAGAAAAACCUUAACAACUCCAACCCUAAAAAAAAGCUCAAGGACUUUGGGGUAAAAUCAUAAAAAAGCUCAGCAACUUCAACCCUAAAAAAAAAACUUUGGUUGGCCCUUAUGGCCCUUCACUUCAUCAGAUCUGGCCCUCUUUGAAAAUAGUUUGGACACCACUGGGGGUAGGCUGCUCACUGCAAAACGGCCAGGUUGCCCAUGUCAGCAGCCUGUCAGGUGCCAGGAAGAGCCCUGCUAGACCAGACGGAAGGACUACCUAGUCUGGCUGCAUCUUGUUUCUCUGCAGUGGCCGGACAGGUGACUGCAGAAGCCCACAAGCAUAGAGCCAUGACAUUCAGCUGUCAGGACCAGAACCGUAGCUAGGUGAUCUUGCGCCCCUGGCAGAACCAUUCAGAUUGCGCCCCCUAGCCAUGGACAAAUUAGCUCUUCUUUUCACCUCUCCUCCAACCCCAACCCCCAAAUUCAAUUCACUCUCUAUUUAAAACCAUUUCCUAUGAGGCAAUAAUCAAUAUUUGUAUUUAUGGACAUAUUUUUAGCUGGUUUUGCACCCUCCCAUCACCUGCGCCCCUGGCGGGGGCCCACCUCACCACCCCCUUGCUAUGGCCCUGGUCAUGACCAGUAGUUGCUGAUAGACAGGAUGGGCCCAUGCAGGAUAGGCCUAAUUCUCUUUUGGAGCUAUGUGAACGAGUGGUGGUUCCUCCCAUCUUACUGAUCCAGGGCAGGUGAGUGAGUAGGGAGCAUAUCACUGUGCAGCCGUCCUCUCCCGAGUUCAAGCAAGCAGGAGGAUUUCCAUCCCAUUUAAGGGCAGGGGUGAUGAUAGCAGACUAUUACAAAUCUGAUCUAGAUAAUAACCCUUCCAAGUCCAAAGGGCUUUACAGUUUUUAUUGUGCUUAUUCUCACAGCAACUUUAGCUGGGAAGUUGCCAUUGUUUGCAGAAGGGAAUUGGCAGGGCGACCCUAACCCCCAACAAAGAGGCCUGUGUAUCUCCUGUGUAAAUUAAGCUGUUUCCUAACUGCUUCUAGCAGGGGUGUGGGCAGGGUAAGCCUUACUCUUAGAUUUUUGUGGAGUGAAUUAGUUGCACCUUUAUUUUUUGGUGCUGCAAGUUACACUGAGCUCAAGCUCCAAGCUCUAUGAACGAGACCAAAUGACUUAGGAUGCUUUGCAAUUUUCCACCCUUAACCACACUCCUUUGUGCCUUCCAUGCCAGCUUUCCUUACUCUAGCAUAGCUUUCUCAGCCUAUGUAAAUUGUUACUCCAGGGUAAGCCCAUCAGGCUAUAGGAAAGGAAGAGAUGGGACUGCACAGUGUUCUCAUCAGUUCCUAAAUAAACAGCAACUUCCCUCCCCCAACUGUCUGUCAGGCUGUGAGAGAGAGGGGGAAAUGUAACUGCAGAUGCUCUCCAUCAGCUCUGCUGAAAGAACAGCAACGUUUGACUCCUCGCCAAAUUUUUCAAUUCUUGCUGCUCAUUGCAGGGUCUCUGUAACUAAGAAAUAUUGCCUGAGCUUGCUUUUUUCCUACUCCUUCCCAGCCCCUUUUCCUGUUGUGUCAUGUCUCUUUGAUUGCAAGCCUGAGGGCAAGGACUGACUUUUCUUUGCAAGCCACUCUGGCAUCAAGAGAGUAGGAUAAAUAUGCUUGAUAAUAAUAAUUUAUGCUCAUUUAUGGCUGGCAACUGGGGUGAUGGGAAGAUACACAAUGUGCUAACCUCUCCCACCCAUUUUAACUGGGGAUUAGGAUUGCACUGUGAAACCAAGAAUUUGUGAUAUGGCCAUAGAAGAGGGGGAUAUUGAACCCAAGUUUGCCAAACCCAGGUGGAUGAUGCUGUUUGUGAUACAUAUUUUUUUACUGCAAAGGGUUUUUUGUUUCCUUUUUUUCCUGACUAACAACCGGAAUGUUUCCAUGACUUAAAAUUGUAGCUUCAGGGAGCAAUUCUAGCACCCGUCUGGGAGCAGCAGGACUGGACUCAGCUGCAAAGCCAUUGCCACUUCUGCAGUUCUGCUACUUACGUUCGCAAGGGCAGAAGCAGCUUCAUUACAUGUUUUCCUCUGUUGUCUUUAGGCAGGCAUUUCAGUUGGGCACAGGUAAGGUCUAUUGCCUGUAGCUGGACCAGCUUAAAAUCUAGUGGAUCAUUGGCCAGCACAACCAGUCCUCUUUCCCACUCUAGAAGAGUUUGUUUCAGGGGUUUCUGCUUCUUGGUGCUAGCAGUGAUUUCUGUCCAGCCAUGGUUUUGAUAAGGACCUCUGCAGUUGUGGAAGUCCCCCCACCAAUGGAGUCAGGCAGCGCUAAGUGGAGAGGCACCUCUGCUACAUCCAAACAUCCUCCGCAGUGUAUUGGGGCCUUGUAUCACCAUGUUAGUUGCAUACAUGGGCCCAUUUCUUGUUUAAAAUGUCAGCUUUUUUCUGUGUUCUUUGUCAUUUUGUGACAGUGUGAGUUCUUUAGUUCUUGCUGUUUCAGACAUUGUACUUCUCCAACUAUUAAUUGUUACUUUGUCCUGACUUGUAUAUGCUAGCCUUUUCUAGUUAGAGGUUCCCACGCUUGGUCGGUAUAACUGAGUUGAGCAUUGUUUCAGAUUUCUUAGCCCACACAAUUUUUAUUGUGAAAAUGCUUGUUGGUUCAUUAAUGUGUUUCAGUUGACACUUGUUGCAUUCUUUUGCUUUAUAGCCCAAGGCUUUCUGGGGCUGGGAAAAUGUAUUGGUUCUGAUAUUGCAUGAAUAAAUGCAGUCUUGGAAAAAGGUUGUGUGGUGCUGAGGUUGCUAAGUUAAAACGUGCGUAAGGGGGGAAACCCUAUUGAAACUUAUCUUUAAAACCAGAGUUGUUGCUCAUUCUAAGCCAAUGACUAAAAUAAAAUGUCAUAGUGAUACUCUUGUGACACGCACUUACAUGGUUGAUUUGCUGCAUUGUAUUUCUCUUAAAUAGUUUUCAAUAAUUUCUUGAGAUUUUUCUGGUCAUCUUUUGUGGCAAGAAGUCCCAUCUUCCGAUUUGCACAGUUGUUUUAUACUGAAAAAGCAUAUUUGGGGGGUAGAUGUUUGAAUUUUUAUCAGAACAAAGUAACCUAUUUUGCAAAUGCACUGUAGUUGAAAAAAUAAAGGAUUUAAAAAUGACCUGGGUUUGAUCCAUUCAUCUAAUAAUUCAUAACUAAAUAAUGAAGGUUAAGAAAAAGCAAUGUGUAUAUUAGAGAGCAAUUAUUAUACAGUGCCAGGCUUCUUUUAUAACAUUUCUCUUUUACAUUUUCAGGAAAGAAAGAGCUGAAGUCAGACGUUGGCAUAAUACUGUGUGAUGUCAGUGAUCCAUCCUCUCUUGCUAAUAUGGCUAAACAAGCUGCUAUUGUUCUGAACUGUGUAGGCCCAGUAAGUAUUUUCCUCUUUUGGAAAAUGAAUAAGUAAAAAAUUCCCAUGAUACUAAAAGCUUUAAAAAUGAAGAUUCAAUAUAUUGCAAUAUUUUUAUUACCUUAGCAAACAUUGAAAAAGAAAUCUUUUCUAAGUAUGUAAACCAAAAUAUUUUCUGGAUGAAUAAAAGUUAAAGGGGCAACUCUGCUGUCUGCCAUUGUGAAACAAAGGCAUAUAUUAAUCCUAUAUUUUUACUUAUUAAUUUAUAAUGUUUGUAUCACUCUUCUAUAGUGGUGAUCAGAUAUUAAAAAUAAUUAUGAGGCAGUUGUUAUCAGAAAGGGUUGUAAUUUGACAGUGUUGUUUGGCAUUUGAAGUACAGUAAUCUCUCUGUUUACACAAGGGGUCAGUUCCAAGGGUUAUAUGUGCAGGCAAAAAUUGUGUAUAGUCAAACUCAUGGAGCUGCCCCACAGCUAGCAGGUGAGAGGGAGAGAGAGUGCACCCCCAGUACUCCCAGAGCCUGCACACUGAGCAGGUCUUGCCCAGCAAGCAAGGCCAAGUGCUUAAAAGCUCUUUUCAUGCCAGAGUGCUUGGGUUAUUCAGUGUGAAAAGAGCUUUCAAACUCUCUGCCAUGCUUGCUGGACAAGACCCGUUCUAUGUGCUGGCCCUGGAAGGGUAGUUCAUGCAAGAUUUUGCAUCCUAGAGGCAGCCUGCACGCCCAGCAGGCCUUGCCCAGCAAGCCAGGCAGAGAGCUUAAAAUUUCUUUCUGUGCUAGGUAACCCAAGUAAGCCUGAUGUGAGAAAAGCUUUUAAGCUUUCUACUUUGCUUGGAACUUGACUUGCGUGAUUUCACUCAGCCCACCUUCAGCUACAAUGGUUGAAAUUGUGCAAGUCAGAUGUGCAUAAAAUGAGGGAUUAUUCUAGUUUGACCUUGUGAAAUAGGCUUAUGCCCAGCCCUCACUAGCAGAUAUUAAGACAGUGAAGUAACUUCAUUAAAUAGGUUCGAAUGUGGGCAGAGUGAUUCCUAGUUUCACCAUUGCACCACUACAUAUUUGCAGGCUUAGAAAUCAGCAAGAAGGGCCUGACAGUCCUUCGAGGCCAUUGUAAAAUGUACAAGACUGUAUUAAUAAUAGCAGCUGAACCAGUUCAGUUUGUUUCUUGACUCUUAACCCAGUGUGUAUAGUGAACAUCUAAAUAAAUCUUGCCAUAAUUAAUUUCCCUCUGUUUAUACUAAUUAUACUUGCAGUUAUUAAGUAAAGCAAAUAGCUGAUAAAUUGCUGUAUGUGGAAAAUAUGCUGCUGCUUUCCCCCAAAACAGUGCCUAUUGCAGCUGUGUGUGGUGAGGCUGUGGGAAGGCAGAUGAAGAGGAAGGCAUUGUUGCUUCAUUCUCAGUUGCAAAGUUCUGCCAGCUCAUUAAAUCUCGAGCAAAGGUUAAUAACUGAAACGUGCAUGCUGUAGUUGUGGUAGAGGAGGUAGGAAAGGAUUGCGUGCAGAGGGAGAUGUUUCUUAAAUUCUGAAUGCUAAUUAAAUAGUUUUAAUCAUUGUGUUUAUUGAUUAAAAUUUCAUUAGAAAUUAAAAUUGCUUUACAUAACCUUGUUCAAAUAUGUAAACUGUCAGGGAACUGCCAUCAGUGUCCGAGGGAGGGAGCAAGCUCCAAAGGGAUCCCAGAGAGCGUCCCGGGAGUGGGAGAGGCAGCCCAUCUUCUGGGGAAGAGAAUCAACGUAGCUCCAGUGGAGAAGGGGGGCAGAUGGGGGAAUCGGCGAGGCGGUCCCAUGACUCCUUGCUGGGAACCAGUGGGGAGAGGAAGGGUCCUCCGUUGCCUAUGCCCUCCUUGCGCAGAAGGCUUCCGCGCAGGGAGAGUAGGAGGAGACUUGGUGUCAAAGAGCUUCUUUGCUGGAAGAAGUUUAAGAAACGGCCGCUGACGGAUUCUGCCAGCGACUGAGACAGUCACGGGCGAGUGGCUGCCCGGACAGGAAAGGUUCACUCAGGCAACCCAGCCAGAGGUUGGGACAAGCUUACGCACGAGCAACCCCUAGAACCAUUACAUAAACAUGGUGAGAUAACUUACUGUCUUUAUUAAAGUAGCAUAGUAUAAUUUAUUAAAGUAGUAAUUGCUUUAUUUCUUCUUACAGUACAGGUUUUUUGGUGAGCCUGUGGUGAAAGCUUGUGUUGAGAAUGGUACAAGCUGUAUCGACAUCAGUGGAGAGCCUCAGGUAUGAGAAACUGAGAAAACAAGCCAGCUUCGCAAUUGUAUUAAGACAUUAUUCAUAUUUGCACAUCUUACCAUCAUGCAGGAAUUUUAUUUUUUGUGUCCAACUUUGUGAUACUGCCAUUGAAUAGCAGCUCCUGCACCAUCCUAAGCAUCAGCAGUCAGGGAUCCUGAGUUUGGUUGUGGUGGGUCCCCCUCCCUGUCAUCCAUCUCAGUAAAUGUUUUGAUAAUAAUAUAAUAACCUUCUGUAAUGUUGCAAAAUGGAGCAUCAGCCACUGAAUAUAGUGCAAGUGACACAGCUAUGAAAGUUAUCAUCUUUGCUUGAACAUUGAGACAGAAUAUUAUCUAUUUUUCAGUACAAUGUUGUUUCAUUUCUUUCAGUUCCUGGAAGGAAUGUAUCUGAAUUACAAUGACAAAGCUGCAGAAAAAGGAGUAUAUAUUAUUGGAAGCUGUGGCUUUGACUCUAUCCCAGCAGAUAUGGGAGUAUUGUACACCAGAAACUCUUUGAAAGGUGACUCUUAAACUUAAUCACAAUUUUGAUAUGUGGUGCAGAAAUUAUUUUCCUUGUGGAGUGUUAAAAUGACAUUUGAGUAGUUAGGAACAAUAAUAUGCUCUGCAUUCUUCUUCUUCUGUAAUUCUUCACAAGGACUGAUGUUGCUACAAAAUGUUUGUUAUAGUUACCAGAAUUCUGUUGUAUUAAGCUAUGCAGUAAUAAAUAUCUUCAGUUACCAUCAUCUUAAAACAAUGUACAUCAGUCAGUCUUUCUGCUGCAUUAGCAAAAAACAAAAACUUGGAGCUUAUGCUCCUUAAUGGAAUGGAGUACAGAGCUAGAAAGGGAUGUAGAAAUAACACAGACCGCUCCAUUUCUGUAGUGAGUUGUUUGCACACAUCCCAAGUAGAAACAGGGCUUGUUACGGCCUAUGGAGAUUUUUCCAACGUCUAAAGUGUAGUUGAUUAGAAGUUGCAUAAUUCUGGAAAUACUAUCAUUAAAAUAGGUUGUGUGUGACUUAAAACAAGGUGGCAAGUUCAGUACUGAUAGAAUCUCAAAUGAAAUGAUGAUCAAGCUGUUGCUUCUCAGUACAGGAUCUCCAAUGUGUCCUGGUAUCUUCAUUUAUCUGAUGCCAUGACAGCCUGAGUAUAAACUGCUGUUUAAUUCUUUGUUACAACCACACUUAAUGAUUAAUUUUCUCCCCGCCCCCCCCCCCCAGGUACAUUAACUGCAGUUGAAAGUUUCCUGACUGUAAAAUCUGGACCACAGGUUGGUUGAUUUCUUUAUUAGCUAAGUUUGUUGUAGGUACUUACCAUAUAGACAAUAUAAAAAUAAAUUAUUACAUUGGCUGUUGUAUUGGUAGUGGUAGCCUACAAAACUGUCAGACAGAAGAACAUCACUCUUUAAUGCUUGUUCUGUUAUAGCGCUUCUAGUACUCAAGUAAUGCAAUACCAGUUUGAUAGCCUUACCUAAGCAUAUGCUUUCUGUUAGGUGGUAAGAAAUUGCUUUAUUGCUGAUGUUGGGUAGAUAGCUGAUGUUGGGUAGAUUUUUAUAACACUGUUGGAGGAGGAGUAGAUGCAAUAUUAAACUCAGCCCAGUCUAGUAAGACACAUCCUUGAGCAGAAACAGGUUACUUUCUGUCUAUGCAAACGGUUUUUGUGGGGUGAAAAUCCUGCAGACAUACAUGCUGUGUUCUCAUGAGUGCUUCACACAGCUAGCCAGAUUAGUCUAGACAUCACUAGAAUGCACUCACACUCCUGCUUCCUACAGCAGACGAUAAAUGCCAUAGGAGCAGACACACUAAUCUUUGUGAGGGGACAGGAGAGGUGAAGUGAGAAAAUGGUCAUGCUUAGGAUCAAGUAUAUAGCUUUCAGCUAUACUUUGAUUUAGUCACUGAAUCAGGUGUAUAAGGAAGGUAUGUUUUCAUUAUUGUGGCUAAUGGUAUAGAUGUGUUGUGAGUAUAGUAUAUUGAAUUAACAUAACAUUUUAACAGGGUUCCUGCAUUCAUGAUGGGACCUGGAAAUCAGCUAUACAUGGCUUUGCAGAUCAAGGCAGUCUGAAAAAAAUUCGAAGGCAAAUAGGACACAAACCCCUUCCAGUGACUGGAAGAAAGCUUAAGAGAAGGUAUACUACUUUUGUGGAUUAGAAUUUAUUGUUUACGUAGCUCAGAAGAUGUUUCCAGAAGGAAUGUAAGGUAAGGAAAAUUGUAGGUGCCUUACAUUUUCAUGAAAGGAAGCAUUCUGGUAGAAUUUCUUUAUACAGAUUUAUGUGCUUGAAAGGACAGGUUUUAGAUAGUGCCUUGUCUGAAACACACUUUGCCAAGCUUUGUUUUAAUUGUCCUGGCUUCUGUUUUUGCAGAGGUGCACUGUUUUACAGUAACGAACUUAAACAAUAUUCCAUUCCGUUCAUGGGAUCAGAUGUCUCUGUAGUAAAACGAACUCAGCACUAUUUGCACACAGACCUGAAAGAAACACCUGUAAGUUUACUUAAACAUCUAUUUUAAAGAAUGUCCUAUCAUCAGUGAAAUCUUUGAAUCUGAUAAUGUGAAACUUGCAAUAAUAUGCAUAGGUGCCUGAGGGAAAAUCAUAUUGAAUUCAUGUGCCUAACACUGCAAAGAUUGCAGGCCCGUACUACUUUAUGAGCUUCUGGAAAAUCUUAUUACUGCUGAAUGUCUGUCACCACUGCCACUUAUGUGGGAAUAUUCAUGUAGCUCUCUGAAAUGGGAAAAAGUGUCAAACAGCAAGGCUGUCAUCACUCCUUCUGCAGUGGUGCCACAUGAUAACGUAUUUGUGUUACUGUAAUUGUAGUACUAAAAGAAAAUUGUAUUUCUUUUAAUGCCUCCAGCUGCUCUUAUAGUGCCCACAGUUAAAGCUAGCAAUCAUAUCUAGCCUAUUUCUGGAUUUAUUCUUUGUCACCUAAGCAAGGCUUGGUUGUUUGUGAAUUGCUGUUCUUUAAGAUCUGUAUUCUGGAAUAGUUUAUACAUAAACUGACAGGUUUUCAUUGAUAUAAAAUUUCUCUUCUUUUCAGGUGCAGUAUGCUGCUUACGCGACUGUGGGUGGUCUUGGAACUGUUAUUAAGCUAAUGUUUGCUGGCCUUUUAUUUUUAAUGCUUGUGAAAUUCAACUUUGGAAGAAAGCUCCUGCUAAAAGUAGGUUUUGUUUUAAAUACUUUGGAAGUUUGAUUUUUUCUUCUAUUACUCUGGAAUUUAUUAUGGGUUGUCUUAUUUCAGUAUCCCGAAUUUUUUUCUGGGGGACAUUUCACAAAGGAAGGACCAACAGAAAAACAGGUAACUACUUUUGUUCUUAGGUGAUUGUAUUUCUGAUGCGACCGUUUUCUACAUAAUUACAGUGUCACAGGAAAACUUCUAUAUGUGUAAGUAAGAAGCGGCUGUUGUUUAUGUAUCUUUUGAUUAUGCCUGAUAUCUUUGUGUGUAUGAGUAGUUUUCUCCUGUUUUUAGUAUUGUUUAUAUUGCAUGAGGUACAGUAGUAUAUUGUGACCUGUGGACUAGCUUACUAAUUACAGCAAUGGAAAAUUCCUUAAUUCUAUGUGAGAUUGUAGUUUAAAUACUGGGAAAAUUGUGGAGGAGGAGGCAUCUUGGGGUCUUUCAAGCGGAAUGGGUAAAGGAAAGGGUGAUGGGUAGUCUGAUGUGGAGUAUAAUAAGCCCACAAUUUACGCUGAGGUUGCAUUCCAAGGAUCGCGCAUGAAGCCAAAAUAGUGUACAGUCAAAACCCAUAGAGUUCAAUGGUGGGUGGGAUUGUCAAAGUCAUUUUUUCCAACACUGCACCCUUUUCAUUUUUUAAUAAUUAUUUUGCCAAGCGCAUAAAGCUGAAUAUGCACAAGUUUAAUGUGCUUAAGUUGAGGGCUUACUGUUCUAAUAUUGGGACACUGUGAAUAUUGAAGUAAACGUUCAGCAGACAUGUUUAACCCAUGUAUAGCAAUAAAUUCUCAGGUGAGCACUAGGAGAACAAGCGAACACUAGUUCUCCUGUUGCUUGAAGGCAGGAAAAUGGUAUCACUCCAACAGAAUCUUUGACCCACCCUUUUCUUGGGGUGACAUUUUGUUUUCCUUCCUUGUUUGAAGUGGGACCUAUCUUGCUUGUGCUAUUCUGGCCUUCCCUUUUUGUUCAACAGCUUGUGAAAUUUUGUGGAGUGUAUGUUGGAUGAGUGUGUGUGCUGUGUAUCUUUCCUUGUGUUGGAUCCAGUGCUUACAGUCUUCAAUGAAAGUUGACUGGAAAAAAAUCUCAGCUUAAAUCUGAAACCCAUAUCUACUCUAUUCUGACUAUGAACCUUUUCUACCUACUUUUGCAGUUUCUUAUUCAGAAACUAGCUUAAAAGCAGUAUUUGAGACCAAACAUGUGGCAGGACCACUGAGAUAAUUUUAACUUUAUGAAGGUUAAAUGACAAUAUACGAGUGCUGGAUUGGAUUAUAGCAAAGACAGUCUGGAACCUCAAAUUUAUUUUAUGGGUGGUAAAUACCACACUUUUUGCAGUGCAAGUCACACUGUAUUCAGCCAAAUCCAUUCAGCCAAAUCCACAUUAGUACUGUGAAGUACUAAUAAUUGGCUUAUUUUGCAUAACAUUUUACAAUGGGUUUUUUUGUACACAAACUAACUACUCCCUCAACUUUGGUUGUAGUUCACUGUAGUUAAACUGGGCUGAAAUUCAGUGGUAUAAGCAGUAAUGUGUGUUUGAUAGAAACUGUGGCAUUGCCUAGAGAUUUGAUGCUGUUUCUUUCUUGUCUUUUGAAUUACAGAUGGAAGAGUCAUCCUUUGAAAUGACUUUUUUUGGUGAGGGAUACAGAACACAAGAAGAUUUACAGCUGGGCAAACCAAAUGUUAAAAUCUGCACCCAAGUAAAGGGACCAGGUAUAGCAAAUUUUGUUUAACAAUAUACCUUUGCUCAGAUGCCCUUCCUGUUUAGGGGCUUGUUGAGGAAGGUUUGGCUGCUUUUUAUGAAAUGCUUUCAAUUUAGCUGAGCUGUUUGAUUCUGAUUAUACUGUGAUUUGUGACUGAAACAGGCAGAUGAUUGCUUUAUGUACUGCUCAUAAGGUUAUUGGGAGAUUUAGAUUGUGUGUGUUACUGUUGCAUGCUUAUUUAGUUUAUAUACUUGCUGAAAAUAAAGCAAAUGGUACAUAGAUGUACAGCCCUGGGGGGAAUGCUAGCUAGAUGGUUCUGGCCCAGUGUUUAGGGAGAUGUUUAAUCUUGAAUCAAAUUCUAGAAAUGAUAGAAACAGAAGUAAUUUUAUUUGUAUGCUGCCUUUCCACAGUUCAAACCACACUCAAGGCAGCUUACAACGUGAAAAAGUAUAUAACUGCAACAUAACAAAAGUAGUCAUAAACAAUAAAUAAAAUGUCAAAAAAUACACAGCCUUGCUGAACAAUUUCCACAUUAUCUCAUAAGCUCUAAAAUUAAGAUAGAGAAAACCAACAGCAACACCCCCCAAAAAAACCCACUCCAAACAACACCCCAGCCCAAGAGUCAAAAUGAUGAGUGUAAUUGAAGUGUUUUCCCCUCCCGCAUAUUUUUGUAGAGGCUGGCUACAUUGCUACACCCAUUGCAAUGGUUCAGGCAGCUGUGGCACUUCUGAAGGACAAGUCUUCUCUUCCUAAAAAGUAAGUCUUAAUUUUCUUGAUGUGAAAUAGCUUACACUUUCAGGGUUCCUAGCAGCCUUUAAAUUAUUUGGCUGUAAUAGUACUGUAUCUGAUUUCUUUCUUUAAAAAAAAUCUUUGUAUUCUUACCAUUUCAUUUGUUUGCCAUUCCCGACUCUUUGGGAAGGAAGGAUGGGAUACAAUUGAGUAAAUAAUAUAUUAGCAUGAAAGUAAGCAUCAAAGUGAUUGAAAGCACUGCACAGUUCUAUGGUGUAGUAACUUCCCUUUCUCUCACUUUGUCAGCCAGCAUUUGCAUUAAAAGCAUUAAACUUUCUGUCAAGUUAUUGCAAACAUGUCAAAAAGUGCUUGAGUGAUAAUGCCAUUAUAUCUGCAAAUGACCUUAAUCCAUGUUGUAAGGUACAAGCUUUAGGUCAUUUAAUGGUUUGUCAAUCACAAUAUUUAUUAAGAAAUAGUAAAAUUUCAUGUCAAGUUCAGUAUUAAAAACUAUAACAAAGUAUUUCAAUCAGUUACAUUAUUAAGCUUUUCUAUGCAUAGUUCAUGAAUUAACUUAAACAUUUGUUGAAGGUUCACAGGGGGGAGUGGAACUUAACUAUCCCAUUUUCAGUAAGUAUUUGUUCAUAAUAAGUGUUAAGCUUGCUUGCAGCUACAUGUCACUAACCCCAAAUGUGUGGCUGUUUUACAGGGGUGGUGUCUAUUCUCCUGGGGCUGCAUUCUCCAAUACAAAACUUAUUGACAGGCUCAAGCAGCAUGGAAUUGAGUUUUCUGUCAUUAGCCAGCCUGAAGUCUGAAACAAGAAAAAACAUCCUGAAGGCUGCAUGACCAACAAAUCUUUGUAUGGUACUUGUAUACCAAAAAGAUCAGCUACAAAUGGUUGCUAAAUUUAAUAAAAUACUGACAUAAUCUUAUGUAAUGUGAAAACAUGUUUCAUAUUGUUGCUCAAAAUGGAAAUAAGACUGAACUUUUACUACUGGAAAUGUGCACAGUAGCACAGCAAUAGUUAAAUGAAAAGAAAACUAUAUUAAUAUUAAUAGUGCUAAAUAAUAGUGCUUUUUAGAAUCAAGGGCUUGACUGAACUAGCUGUGGUAACUAAAAAAAUCAGUAACAAAUUACAACUGCAGUAUUUUUAUUCAGAAUUGUGAAAGUUGACUUUACUAUAAAAUCUGUGCCUUAACCAAUUAACUCUCUAUGAAGAUCAGUAAUGAGAAAGCAAACUGAAAAACAAAAGGGUGUCUUCAGUAAGUUUGAGUAAGUUGUGUGGGCAUUCCUUCAGACAGGUUUCCCUAGCCUUCUAUACCUUGUCACAAUUAAUACUGUAAUCUACACUCUUAUAGACUGGGAUCAAGUCCCCUUGACAACUGCAAUUUCUGUGAUUAAAGAUAGUUCUCUUGUCACUAAUGGAACCAAUUCAUUAUGCUUAAGUUAGGUUUCAUGGUACUUAGCUGGACUCUGCCUGCAAUGUUUUUUCAAUAUGAACUUGGUGGAGGGGAGCGUAGUAAUAUUCUUGCUUGAAUCGGUAGCUUCAUUGCAUACCUGAUCAGUUAACAUUCCUUUCCUGUGUACUGAGACAUCCUCAAGGCAGGGGAAAUAUGUCAUUGUGAAAGGAAGAAAGAUUUCUAGCACUUAUUAAUUCCCUUUGUUCUCAUUUUUCAGUGUAAUAAAAGAGGGUUCCAAAUUUGCUUGGUUUCUG